AUUCUUGUUUGCUUACACAGAGCCUGUUCAGUGGGGAAUUAUCUUGUUAAGAUCUAAUCGUAUACAGUGUAUGUGUGGUGUAAAUAUAUGGCCAUUUAAAAUUCAAAUACAGAAUGUGGAGGUCAUUGUAGGAACCUUCUGUGCCUCAGCAACUGUGAAUGAAUUAUCAGACUGCUUUCAUUCUUUCCUCACUGUUCACAUUACUAUUUGCAGCUGGGAGCUAUGCCAUAAGUUACCUUUAUAUUAGCAUUGAAAAUUCCAAGGCUUUAAAAACAAAAUAUUUCUUCUUCUUUUACUCCUAGUUUUAUUUGUAGGCUGUAAAAACAUACAGUGUCUCUGUUGAUCAGAAACUGCUUGAGAUGUUAGAAAUUUGUUAAGCCAGGAAAAAAUCCUCAAAAUUAUGAACAUGGUGAAAAAUAAAGAAGUGAGCAUUGAAGGAGCUUUGCAUUUGGCACAGAAAGAGGUGUAUGCUGAAAAGGAUUCACAGGAUUCGUUAACUGGCUCACAAUUUAACUUCAGUAUCUACAAAUACAAACACUAUCGGUGGCAGAAACGAAUUUUGCAGAUUGAUUUCAACACAAAGACCAUUUUUAACAUUGAAAAAGGAAUUAUUAAGAAACAGUUCCCUUUCUCACAAGUCAAAGCCUGUGAAGAUACUGAAAGGAGGCGCUUCAGUAUUGUGUUUCAUGGACGACAAGAUUAUGAGUUGGAAGCGGUGUCUCUUGAAGAUAAAAGGAAGAUAGCAUACCUUCUGAGCAGAGUUAUACAGAGCAAUUCAUACAAGAGACCAGCAGAGUCCUGCUCUGGAAGACCUGCAGAAUGUGAUGUGAUACAUGAAGGGCUGCUGGAUUUGCAGCAAAACACUUUUACAUCCACUGAAUGGGUGAAGUACUUGGUACAACUACGUGAAGGAGAAUUGACUUUAUAUUGCAUAGGUCUGGGAGGAAAGAACAAGACUACAGACACUGUAACAAAUACAAUUAAUUUGUCAGGUGGUAACGUGAGCAUCAGCAAGGAGAAUGGAUGCAGUACCUUUUCAGUUCAGACCAAAGAACACAAUUACCUGUUUCGAAUACCCUUUACUGUCCAAAAUAACAGGACAAAGGAUGUUAGCAAGCUCCAGAAUGAAUGGGUGUCUCUCAUAGAAAGGUAUUGUCAGUUGUGCGAGGGUGCCUCACUGCCUCAGGAGGGAUCUCAAGGAUGCACCUACUCCGAAGCUGAUUAUGAGGAUUUUACUGUACCUCCGAAUGAACAGAAAGAGGAGGCCCUCCAUUUUGGUGUGAGUUCUGCAACAACCAGUCUGAACAAGUCUUCAAGCCCUCAGACAAAGCCUGCAGAGGGGGAAGCAGCCCCAGCAUCACCAUCUCUUCCACUUCCCAUAAGUAAGGCAGAGAUUCAAAAAUCUGUCUGGGGAUCAUGUGACCCAUGCAAGAAAAAAAUAGAUGUAUCCAGACUCUGUGAUCAGUUCCAGAUCCAGGACACAGCAGUAUUUUCAGGCAAUGAACCUUCAGUGAAUCAGCACAUCAUGUUAGAUCGAAAAGUUGCACAUAACUUCAGUAAGUGUAUUAAUAAGAACUGUGUACUCCUGUCUGGAAGCCUGGGAUACAUGCCAACACCAAAAGAUGCAGAAAGGUACCAGUCAUUCAGGGGGUCUCCUUCAGAGCUGCACGUGGUUGAUCAGUUUAUGUUAGAGAUGUGUAAAAUCCCCCACUUAGGGCAGAGGCUGGAUCUCCUGCUUACCAUACGUGAGCUCCCUGUGAGCAUGAAAGAUUUGGAGCCUCUAAUAAACCAGAAAAUCCAAGCGAGUAAGCAGCUGCAAUCCAGCCAGAAAUUUGUUGCUGUCUUGGAGUACAUUUUAGCCAUUGGGAACCAUUUAAACGAAAAGGCUGGAAAAGAGAAGGCUAAAGGAUUUCGAUUGUCAUCUUUGACCAAAUUACCUCUGUUGCGGGGUAAGGAGAGGACGUUCACCUUGCUUCACGCCCUUGUGGAACAGAUCUUCUUACAUGAGCCUGAUUUGGCUAAAUUUUCUCAGGAGUUGACAGAAUUUGAAGCUGUUCCUGAUGCUUCCAUGAAGGGCCUCAGUGCUGAAGUUGAUGUUUUAAAAAAAGAAUUGGAAAAUGUUAUUCAGUGCAGGCGGCUUAUUAAACCCAAGACAAUCAAGGCAACAUCCCAGGAGUCACAGUUCUGCAAGGAACUAAAGAUCCUAGUAAAUGUGGGCAAUUUUUUCACGUUGGAGUCUGUCUUUGUAGCACCAAGAAAAGGAAUUUACAGUUUCAGUUUUCACGUAAUUAAAGUCUAUCAGAGUCAAACAAUUCAGGUUAAUUUGAUGCUAAAUGGAAAGCCAGUCAUUUCUGCUUUUGCUGGGGACAAGGACGUCACGCGUGAAGCUGCCACUAAUGGAGUCCUGCUCUAUCUAGACAAGGAGGAUAAGGUUUACCUGAAAUUGGAGAAAGGUAAUCUGGUCGGUGGAUGGCAGUAUUCUACGUUUUCUGGCUUUCUGGUGUUUCCCCUGUAAAGUCAAUUUUCCUGUGACAUUCAUCCAGGUGUGGACUCAUCAUUGCCUCUGUUACAUGAAGAUCAUUUUAUCAUCAUAGGAUUGAUGUUUCUUUAUUGGUUUUUCAUGGGUGAAUAUGGAUUCUCUUUAUGGAUUUUGGCCCCAUCUGAACUACUCAGAAGUUUCACAGAAUUUUGUGUGCUUAAAUACAAUAUAUUUGGAUUGAGACUAAAGCAGACGAUAAAUAUCUAUGCUUAAUGUUACAGUCUAAAGCUGCCUGCAAGAGUUAUUCAGAUUUCAUUUACUGGACUUACUGGAUUCAUGGGAGAAGUGGAUUUUCUUUAAUUAUGAAAAGACUGGCAACCAGGUCUAUAAUUUAGGAGAGUUUGAGUUCAGACUUCAAUCAAGAGUUAGUGUGUUGCUGCCAAAGAACUGUAUAUUGAUAUAUUGGUCAUACAUGUUUUUGUCAUUGGGACUUAACUGACAUGAUCUAUUCCAUUGUCUUGAGAAAGGUAAUUAUUAUUGAUAAGUGGUUGACUUUAAUUCUCCUCUCCGUGUAGUGUGUUGGAUGGUUCACCCAUAUAUUUAUGCUCUGUCACCGGUCACAAUCAAGUCUAGCCUACAUAAAGCUAAGAGGUUGUGGUUGUAUUUUAGUUGGAUAUGUAUCUUUUCCACGUGCUGUUUUCUAAAAAGAAGAGCAGAUUAUAACCAUUAAGAAAAAUGUUCUUACCAGGGUUAAAGGUGAUCAUUCAGGCACAACUUUGCAAAACAGCUUUGCCCUGCAGGAAAUCUCACACUUGUUCUUCAAUUUUCAUUAACAUGAUUGAUAAUAACUGCUUUAUUAAAAACCUAAGGGAUUCCUUCCUUAGACACAACCACUUUAUUAGCUGGAGAUGAGAUCCCCUUGUUUGUAAUUAUGUCUGUUUUUCAAACCUUCUGUUGUGUUAAUGGUAUCAUCUGGUUUUGCCUUAACUCCACAACUGUAUAUAAUUUUAGAUCAUAUGUUUAACAAAUAUUAAAUCCAAAUAGCUGGUACCUAACUUGGUGCAAUAUCUUUUCGGCUUUUUGUACAGGUCAUAUGAAUUCAUAAACUUAUUUAUUAUAUCAUUGUUACAUAAUAAAGAUUAAUAUAUGUUAGCUG